GAAGUUGGUUAACCGUCAGCGUGUGCGCGCUUUUUCUCUUCCUCUCCCACCGCCUGCUUUAUAUCAUAUUCAAGUUCAUUCUCUUUAUCUGUCUCUCUGACUCCAUCCAUCUGUCCGUCCAGUCCGGUCCAUUCUCCAUCACCAAAAAUUUAUCCAAACACAGAGGAAGCCACCAGACAUUAACUUCAGAACGGUUAUAUAUGUAUAUUUAAAAAGAGAUCAUUUUCUGAAUUUGUCCUUAGAGGAGCGUGUGAACAACCAAAGCAUCUCUGUUCUUUCACUACACCAUGGAGCUUGACAAGAUGGUGAACGGCCACUGUGAGAAAAGGAGCGAGGAGGAUGGGUUUGAUUGUCUGGAGAACAUGGCUGAGAGAGAAGAGUUCCUACCUAAGAAGACUAAUGAUAAGAAAGAAACUGAGUUUACAGAUUUUGUGGGGAAGACGUCAUUUGGGAUGUCCAUCUUCAAUCUCAGUAACGCCAUCAUGGGCAGUGGCAUUCUGGGUCUAGCAUAUGCCAUGUCCAACACUGGCAUCAUCCUCUUUCUAAUUCUAAUCGUCCUCAUUGCUAUUUUGUCUGCGUACUCCAUCCACCUGUUGCUGAAGAGCGCUGGAGUAGUCGGGAUUCGUGCAUAUGAACAGUUGGGUUACCGUGCAUUUGGAUCAGCAGGCAAAAUCUUAGCUGCCUGCGUUAUAACCGUUCAUAACAUCGGAGCCAUGUCCAGCUACCUCUUUAUUGUGAAGAUGGAGUUGCCAGCUGUUAUAAAAGGCCUGUUGGACAAAGAGAUAAACUCAGAGUGGUAUGUGAAUGGAGGCUAUCUCAUCAUCAUCGUCAGUAUCAGUAUAAUCUUACCACUUGCCCUCAUGCGUCAUCUUGGGUAUCUUGGCUACACCAGUGGUUUCUCACUCACGUGCAUGAUUUUCUUCCUCAUAUCUGUCAUCUAUAAGAAGUUUGUGACUCUGUGUUCAUUGGAAUCCUUCAGCAUCAGCACCAACACCACCGAUAUGCCUCCUCUUACCACUACACACACCCCUACUAAUUACACACACAGCAACACCUGUGAGGCGAAACUGAUCACUCUCACGCCACAGGCUGCGUAUACCAUUCCUAUCCUGGCUUUUGCUUUUGUGUGUCACCCUGAAGUGCUGCCCAUCUACACAGAACUGAAAAAUCCAUCUAAGAAGCGCAUGCAGAAUGUGGCUAACAUCUCCAUACUGGCCAUGUUCGUCAUGUACCUACUAACUGCCAUCUUUGGCUACCUCACUUUCUAUGGUGCUGUAAAUGAUGAACUCCUGAAGAGUUAUAGCACUGAUGACACACUGAUGCUGUGUGUGCGCCUGGCAGUGCUGAUGGCUGUCACCCUCACUGUGCCUGUCGUUCUCUUCCCGAUCCGUCGUGCUGUGCAACAGCUGCUGUUCCCCGAUAAACCUUUCCACUGGGCUCGCCACAUCGCCAUCGCUGUGGUUCUCCUCACCCUCGUGAACAUACUCGUCAUCUUCGUUCCCGACAUCAGAGACAUCUUUGGUGUCAUCGGAGCCACAUCAGCACCCAGUCUUAUUUUCAUACUGCCCGGAAUAUUCUACAUCCGCAUUGUACCCGAAGAACAGGAGCCACUGAAAUCUCGGCCAAAGAUCCAGGCGGCGAUGUUUGCAGCUCUGGGCUUUAUCUUCAUGGUGAUGAGCAUUACCUCCAUCACCAUACAGUGGGUGGCUGGGGACAGUAGUGUGCGAGGACACUAACAGACAUCAGGACAGCAGUGCAGUAAGGAUGCACACAGAAGCACACACACUCUCCCUCACUAUCCCAUCAAACAUGAACCUCUAGAACCGAGCAUGCUGCAGCCCACGACAAAUACCACGACACGUCGCUGUAAAAGAUGCUCUGUGAAGACUUUACAUAAGACUUGUCAUCCUCAUAUUAGAAUCCCAUAAUCUACCACCACUAUAAAUACUGGACCUGAUGCCUGCUGGAUGGACGGACGGAUGGAUGGAUGACAGCAGAACGGACAUCAUUCAUUCAGGAAUGAUCGAUUUUAUUUCAGUAGCGUAACUGAGCAGAAACAACAGUGAUAAAUGCUGCGACGCCCUUACAGUAAACUUUUGUUUUCUUAACCCAUAUAUGCUUGUACUGGAAUUUUUGUACUGUAGUCUUUGGUCAAAAAAGACUUAUUUUUUUGUGAAUAUUACACGUUUAUUUUGUAAUGACAUAAAGACCAAAGACAAAUACUAAAGAGCAUUUUACAACAAGAAAAUGAAAACUGCAUGGUGUUGAAAUAAGACAGCUCAACUGAGCUGAAUUCAGAAAACAGGUUAGGCUAAAAUAAUAUUGGGGUAGAUAAAGAUUAAUAAUGUGGGCUUUGGGGGAGAAUUUUUCAAAAAGAAAUUCUACAAUUUUAGAGGUGUAAAACAUAAGAUAAUACAACGUGUAAAAUAUUGAUUACAUAGGAAAUGUUCACAAAGAACUGGUGUGUUUCACAUCACAGUAGAAGGUUUAAAGAGCAGUUUGUUAUUAUUCGAGCGAAAUUAUGGCAAGACAUCUUCAGACGUCAUUUUUGUUGAAUCUGCUGAGAGUAUUUAUAUGUUGUAAAGUGUGUAAGAGUUAUCUCUAGAUAUUUCUAUGAUGUGUGUGUUUUCAGGACAUCUUGAUGUGCAGGAAGGCUGCAAAUCUUAACAGUACAUGCAGAGGGAUUUAACUGUCUUUACUAUUAAAUACGGAAACAGAAGUUACACUAAUUUCUGUAAAUGCAGAUUCUUUACUCAGAUUACUUAUACAGAUUACUCCUACUCUGUAAAGUGUCGUUUCUGUCUUUAUUUGUUAUUUUACUCAUUUUUACUCUAAUGCAUUCAAUACUCAUUUUCUUGUUUGAGGUCUUCUGACCUACUUUGUGAUCAAAAGAUUUUUAAACAAAUAUUCAGUUUCCUGUGUACUGUAGGUUUUACCGUCAGCCAGGUAACAGAAUGUUGGGUAAUGCUUUUUACAUGAAGGACACUUGACCACAACAUCAUAAUAUAUUUAUUAUGAUAUAUAUAAAAAAAACAUUCACAUGGUACAAUUAAGUCAAGUCUAUUAUUUUUAGUUCAUUCCAGACAUUUCUAAAAAUGGUUUAUUUUCUUGUCAGCCAAAAUCUGAUUAUAAAAUGAACUGAUUAGGAUUAUGCUCGAGCUGGAUAGCAUGCAGCAUGUAGGAAAUCUUCACACAAUUCUUACACAUUAUGGUCUUCACCAGAAGAAAGCCUAGGCGAGAUUUAAAAUAAAUAAAUAUUACCAUUUCCAUAUCAUUUUGGUGAAAUAUAUUUAGUUUUGUAAAAACAAAAACCCUUGCAUUCAGCUCCAGUGAUAUCCAACGGGUUUCCUAAACCACCACACAAAUGACUUCUGAGGUAUUACACUCCUGUAAAAAAAAAAAAAACGUGCACUUUUAUUUGUCAGCUUCUGGUUAUUUUGUCAACACACACUGAAUCAUCAUGUCUUCGUACAUGUUUAGUUUCUCUGUAGAACCAGUUUCUGAAGUGCUGUGUACUGUAGGUCAUGUAAACAGUAUUGACCCGUUCGACCAAAGUGUUGCCAAAUAUUAUAAUGGCUGGACUAAAAAUAUUUUAUAAGUUUUGUAUAAACUUUUGUCAACAUGGACAAAACUGCUGCAUGAAUUUGUGUAAAAAUAUGAAAAUGAACAUAAAUUAUUUGUUAUUUGUAAAUACUUUUCAUGCAGGGCCUGCAUUUUUUAUCUAAACAUUUCUGGGGGAAAAUUAUUUAACAGAUUUCUCUAAAUUUCCACUUGAUUGUAAAAAGUGCCUAAAGCAAUGCCAUUUGUGUGAAGAUGAAUGUAUAUAUUUACAUUUAAUUGUAGGGGGGAAAAUCUUAUGUAAUUAGUUCAGUUGGCCAUUGUCAUUUUGUUCAAUAAAGUUACAACUGGGGUAAAGAAGCUUUAUCUUUA